GCCAAUCCUCCACUCUCCAACAAAUAAUACAUCCCUUUCAGAUGAGCUUAUUUGGUAAGAUUUUCGGUGGGAAGAAGCAGGAGGUUGCUCCGAACACACAAGAUGCGAUCCAGAAGUUACGGGAGACCGAGGAAAUGCUAAUCAAAAAGCAGGAUUUCUUGGAGAAGAAAAUCAAAGAUGAAGUAGCUACCGCGGUGAAGCAUGGAACGAAGAAUAAGAGGCUUGCUCUUCACGCUCUCGGUAGGAAGAAACAGUUUGAGAAACAGCUCAACCACAUCGACGGAGUUUUACAGACCAUAGAGUUCCAGAGGGAAGCCCUGGAAAAUGCUUCUACCAAUGCAGAAGUACUUCAAGUGAUGGGUGGUGCAAGCAAAGCUCUAAAAGCCGCACACAACAAUAUGGAUAUUGACCAGGUGCAUGAUCUGAUGGAGGACAUCGCUGAGCAGCAGGAAGUCGCUAAUGAGAUCGCAGAAGCUAUUUCUAACCCAGUAGGAUUUGACAGAAAUAUCGAUGACGAGGAGCUGUUGAGAGAACUUGAGCAGCUUGAACAGGAGGAAUUAGACAAGCAGCUGUUGGACGUCCAUCCGACCCCAGUUGUGCUACCUGAUGCACCAUCGACAGACUUGCCAAGCGCCAGCAAAGCGAAACCAGCCAAAGCUGACCAUGACAAGGACCUCGAGGAUCUUGAAAUGUGGGCCAAUGCGUAAGAAGCCACCUUGUAAAGUUGUGUAUUCCAUGUUCUACUUUCUUCUUUUUCCUCUUCUGCACCGCUCUAGACAUUCUGCAAUUUGCCGCUUUCCCCGGUCUGCUUGUUCGUUUCAACUAAUCAGCUCAUGUAUUUUCUAGUUCAACCACCUUCGGGCAGUUCGUUGUACAUUUUGUCUCUUUCUCCCAAGUUUUUCCAGUCUGAUCUGUUUUCGAUCAGCUCACUUUACAGCGUCCAUGCGUUUCUAGCUAAUGAGCCAACCAUCGAAGGCUCUCAAUGCCAGUCGUCUGUGUCCUUUGAUUUGUAACUGGCAUGCCUUGUAGAAGUAUUUUUUUCCUAAUUUGAACUUGUACUUCAACAUUACA